AAAAAAAAGACAAGUUUCAGUUUCUUGAAUCGAGUUCUUUCUGUGAAUUAUUUAUUUUUUAAAAAGUGUUCUAGUACAAGUAACUGGAAAAUAAGUUCCUGAAAACAUUCUUCCAUUUUUGUGAAAGGACUUACUUAUGGAGUUGUUUCUUUAUUUUUUAUAUAAGAUUCUGUUUAAUUUUUCUAGAAUAAUAAUAAAUUUUAUACCACUAAAAUAUUCGAUAAUUAAAAUGCCAUUUAUUAUUAAAUAUAUAAUGAAUGUUUCGUAUAUUUAGAUACAUUCAUCAUACCGUAUCUGCCGAUCAAAUACGUAUGCAGAUAAAUCCGGGAAACAAUCCUAUGCCACGAAAUCUAUCUCAUGCUACAUUAACUAUAGAAAGCAGAAAUCAGGAAACAAAUAGAAAAGAAAUAAAACGAUAUCGGUGCAAUUAUGAAGGUUGUUCGCGAUCCUACAGUACUGCUGGAAAUUUAAAAACUCAUCAGAAAACACAUACAGGCGAAUAUACUUUUAUUUGUACCCAAGAAGGAUGUGGAAAAGCAUUUUUAACAUCAUAUAGUUUAAAAAUACAUAUUAGAGUUCAUACCAAAGAAAAACCAUUUGAAUGUGAUGUAUCUGGUUGUGAGAAAGCUUUUAGUACAUUGUACAGGUAAGACUUUGUCAUUUUUAAUUAUUUAUUGAAAAUUCUUUAUUGUAUUUUUUUUAAUGUUUAGAUUUCAAAAGACGUAAAUUAUAUUUUAAUAAUAAUAACAACAACAACUUCAUACAGUAAAGUUAUGAAA